AUGGCUGGAAAGGAGAAGGAGCAUGUCAUUGUCGUUGGCAUCGACUUUGGCACUACGUUCUCGGGUGUCAGUUGGGCAUACUCGGGCCAGCCAGAUGUCAUUGAAGUAAUCACCCGAUGGGAAACCGAGCUGAACUUCGCGUCGGACACCGAGAAGACCCCCACUGCGAUUCUCUUCCAAAAGUCUCAAGGUGAGGUCUUUUGGGGAUCCGGCAUUCCACUCGAUACAGACCAGGAGCCUCUGAAGUGGUUCAAGCUACUGCUCGUGGAUGAGGGGGAUCUCCCACCCGACAUUCAACAUUCUUCACAGAUUGCAACUGCCAAGGCUCUCGCCAAAGCAGCCAACAAAGACUCCAUCGAGAUCAUCAGUAGCUAUCUUCGCCUUCUGUGGAAUCAUUCCAUGGAGUGCAUUGGCAUUUCUGCCGGGGAGGAGACUGUCAAGCUUUGCAGAUUUCACGUCGUCAUUACCUUGCCAGCCAUCUGGCCUGAUUAUGCCAAAACUCGCAUGAGACGUGCUGCAGAAUAUGCAGGAAUUACCCACAAACGUCCUGUUGGCGAGACAACCUUGGCUUUCAUCUCUGAGCCAGAAGCCGCGGCUCUAGCAACCACCAAGGAUGUUACCAGUAAACCGCUUGCCAAGGAGGGCGACUAUUUCGUCGUGUGCGAUGCCGGCGGUGGUACCGUCGACCUGAUCAGCUAUGAGAUCACAAAACUGAGCCCUACAGUGGUCCGCGAAGCCAUUAAGGGCGACGGCGGACUCUGCGGUGCUGUAUUCCUCGAUGAAGGAUUCCUCAACCUCAUCAAGAAGAAGGUCACGCCUGCUGCUUGGGCGAUGGUGCCCAAUGAAGAGGCCGCCAAUAUGUUGAACUGUGAUUGGGAGAAUGGUAUCAAGAAGCGAUACGAGGGCCAAGAGGGUCGCACUUGGAACUUCAGGUUGCCUCCCGAGUGCCAAAUCCGAAAUGGCGCGACGCGGGGCAUCAAGCGCAAGCGAAACCUGAUGCUCGGACACAGUGACUUGCACCAGGUCUUUGAUCCGAUUGCCAAGAAGAUUGGCAACCUGAUCCAGAAGCAGAUCGAUGGUGUGCUUACAGUUUCCGGCAAAAUGCCCAAGACUGUCAUUCUUGUUGGCGGUUUUGGCCGAAGCAGAUACAUCCAUAAUUAUGUCAAGUCGAUGCUUGGCGAUGGCAUUACGCUCCUUCAGUCUUCCGGAACCAAACCCUGGACUGCCAUUUGCCGUGGUGCAACGCUCCAGGGACUUGCUAGCCUGAGCCUCAGCCCUCAUCUCGCAGUCAGCGUGCGUUCGAGAAUCUCUCGUGCCAGCUACGGCCUUGAGUAUUAUCAGAAAUUCGACCCGGCACUUCACAAUUCUUCCGACAAGUCCUGGUACCAGCAGGAACAAGAUUGGUGUGUCGGUGGGAACAUGAAAUGGUUUCUCAAGCAGGGCAUGGACAUCUCAAACACGCAACCUGUCCGCCACGAGUACUACCGACUGUACUCUUCGGCACCGAAGAAUAUCACGGACACAUUCUAUGUCACUGCGACUUCGCCAGCCCCGAAGCGCCAAACCUCGGACGUCAAGAAGCUUUGUGACGUCACGUGGAACAAGGCGAUCGACUUUGAGACUUUGCCACGCUUCACCAACUCUCUCGGCAAGGUUUUCGGCAAGCUUGAAUAUACCGUCGAGAUGACAUGUGCUGGCGCCGGCAUUGACUUUACCGUCCUCUAUAAUGGGAAGCAUGUCUGCUCGAAGAAUGUUGACGUGGACUUUGAGGGUGGUCUGACCAAGGAGCAGUCUCGGUACAAGGCCGAGAGUAAGUAG